UAUGAACCGUGUUCUCAGUUCUCUCUGGUUUAAGCAGGAGGAAAAACAGCCGUCUCUGCUGCUUCAUCUUGCAGUAACCUGCUUUUUUUUUUUUAGGCAAUUUGGCUCUUAGAAGGUAACUUACAAAGGGUGGACAAGGGGAGAGGUAUCCAUACUGUAAAAAGAGGAGAAACUCAGGAGUGAGACUGGGGGGAAAAAAAGGCUGGCACUGACAAGGACGUGCAAGGUAAGAAGUCAGCUGCACGUAGCUGCCAUUAGCUUACCAUCAGCUGCUAUCAUAUUUUGUCACUUUUCAUCACUAUGCCUGCCUAGAAACCAUUCUUUCUUGGCAGAUGAUAAUUUGCCAUAACUAAGUCUUUGCCUGAAGAAUAAUAAUCUAAGUCUGUGUGACAGAAUGGAGCCGUGGCUGAGAAAGAGCUCUACUUUGAGCGUAACAACAUUACUUAAAUUCCUUCUGACUCUGUGUGCUACAAGAAGACCAUUAUCACAGCACUUUUUGGCCAAUCUCCACAUUGUGAACAAAGCUUCUAUGGAGUUGGGAGGGACACAGAAGUAAAAAGAGUGUAUACAUUAUAAAAGCACAUCCAGCCCUGAUAUGAAGCAGUGAACAUCUGACACUAAGUGAAAUAUGGAACAAACUGCCUGUGGGUCCCUUUUCUGUACUAAUGGCGCAAAGGAUGUUGAAUGAAGGUGGGCAAGAUGGCCGAUCAGUUCUGGGAAUGUUGGAGGUGCAGGUAGAGCGGGACCCCAAGACAGGUGCCACCAUCGUUAGGUCAGUGGCUCCUGUGUCCACACCAGCUGGUGCUCCGAAGGCUACCACUGUCUUUGACGACGGCAGGAGGAGCAUCCACACUAUCAGUGGGUCAGCAGAUCAACCCUCGUCUAAAGAGCUUGGGCAGAUCUUGAGUGUCAUCGAUGGGGUCGGGAUGAAAGUGCUGCUGAAUGAAGUCACAGUCACACCAACCAAGACAGAGACAGUAGAAGCUAGCAAAGGCUCAGAGAAAAAAGGCCUGUCGCUUCAUACCCAUCCCAGCACAUCAAAGGAAGACUACAGGCCAUUUGGCGGCUCCAGAAGCGAUGAUUUAGAAGUUGAGCUGAGCAGUGAGAAGUGUGUUGUAAAUGUGGGAAACACAGAUGAUAAAAACACGAUGGCAGUGAGAGACACUUUGGAAAAAGUAGAUAUUGUGGAGAAUCAGAUGUUGGAGGAAAGUCCUGUCACACUUGUGUUCUUGGGAUACGCUGAUGCUACAACAGACCAGAGUCAGAGCCAAGAGGAGCAGGAAGGCAUGAUCACUGUGGAACGAGUGAUAAUCACGGAGGAUGGAGAAGAGCAUGUCUUAGGACCUGAAAUGCCUCCUCCACUUUAUUCACCAUUAGACCAGGUAGCAGAGCAAGGCACCGGGAAAGAGUCCAAAGAUGAAGCAGUUCAGGUUAUUCCCUCGGGUGGAAACGGAGCUGGAAUCAAUGUGCAGGCAGAGGAAGGUGAUAAAGAGUCACAUAAUACAUCGCCACCAGGCAUAACAGAGGGAAAAGGCAGUUCUACGCACAGGAGCUGCCGGUGUUGCUCUGUCAUGUAAGAAAUGGUUGAAGAAAGACUCCCCGUAUACCAUGUAUACACUGCUUCCUUUAUAUGUUGCUUUAUAUGAGUGGGUUUAAUAGCAUACUAAACCAUCACCCACCAUUUCACCUCCCCUUGAUAAUAAAAGUGGCAUUUAUAUAUUUGUGCAGCUUCUACAAAGCUGAGAACUAAAGUCCACUUCCACCCCCUACUGGACAGAAAUAAGAACUUCAAGCAAGCAAGCUUAUCCAAGAGAAAAAAUCCACACUAAAUGUUUAGCCAUGGUUCCUGUA